AUGACUAUCUUCAUUGCUUCACUCUUCCUUCCCUACACCGUCAACUUCCACUUGGACAAGGGCUCGAAGGCAUCCAGCCCAAAGUCGUCCAGGUCCUUCAAGGGAUCUCCGCCACGCACUGGCCCUUCGGCCGCUGCAACUCUUUUCCAAAAGCGUCAGGAUGAAGCCAUAAAGAAAGGACUCACUCCAGGAGCCAUCACCGACUACGAGCAAAUCUUCACCAAUACACGACUCGAAUCACUCAACGAAUAUCCCUUUCCUACGACCUCGAAUGGGCAACCAAAUGUCUUGUCGCAAAGCGAAGCUCAUUCCCCUGCGUGGGGUUCAACUCAAACAUUCAACCAACCUCGUCCUUUGAAAAUGGCGCUCCCAUCUCCUUCGAUCUUGAAACACCAGGAACCGAUUCCUGAAGGGGCACCUCCCACAAUCGAGAUUUCAAAGCCACCCACCAUGGGCAUUGAAAGUCAAAAAGCACAGGGAGAGGUUAUGCGUUCAGUUCCUUCUCAUUCAUUCUCCAAUGCGGAUUGGACCAUUGAAUCUGCCGAACAAGGAAACCCUGGCCUACGUAAUGCAGUCCGCUCGUUUUCCGACCCUGGGUUGGAUGACACUGUUUGGGUCGGUACUUUGGGCAUGCCGACUGACGCCUUGGAUAGUCAUGUCAAAUCUGAGAUCGCCGAGACAUUGGAGGAUAAAUACUCGUCCCUAGCUGUCUAUGUGAGCGAUACCGACUUUGACGGACAUUAUUCUCACUUCUGCAAGACUAUCUUGUGGCCCGUCUUUCACUACCAGAUCCCAGAUAACCCAAAGAGCAAAGCAUACGAGGAUCAUUCUUGGGUUUAUUAUGUUAAGCUCAACGAGGCUUUUGCUCAGCGCAUUGCCAAGAACUGGCGACGAGGCGACGCUAUCUGGAUUCAUGAUUAUCAUUUGCUGCUUGUUCCGGCAAUGCUUCGCAAAUUGUUGCCAGACGCUCAGAUUGGAUUUUUUCUGCAUGUUGCGUUCCCAUCUUCAGAGGUUUUCAGAUGUUUGGCUCCACGUAAAGAGCUUCUCGAGGGUGUGCUAGGUGCCGAUCUUAUUGGAUUCCAGAUUGAUGAAUACUGUCGCCAUUUCCUCCAGACCUGCAGUCGCAUAUUGUGUGUCGAGGCUCGAAAUGACGGUGUGCAAUUGGAGGAUCGAUUUGUAAACGUGGGCAAGUUUCCGAUUGGUAUCGACCCAACCUCUUGGGACGAAAGACGCCGCAGUCACGACGUGGAACAGUGGAUCAAGGUUAUUUCCGAAAAGUACGAGGGUAAGCGCUUGAUUGUCUCUAGAGACAAGCUCGAUUCAAUCCGCGGAGUUCGCCAGAAGCUUUUGAGCUAUGAACUUUUUUUGAAUACAUACCCUGAAUUCCGUGAUAAGGUUGUGCUCAUCCAAGUUGCAUCAUCGACCAACGAGCAAACAGAGCUGGAUACCAUUGUAUCUGAUAUCGCGAUGCGGAUCAAUUCAACACACUCAACCCUCGCCCACCAGCCGCUAGUUUUCUUAAAGCAAGAUCUCAGCUUCGCGCAGUAUCUAGCUCUGAUAACAGUUGCCGACGCGCUGAUGGUGACCAGUCUUAGAGAGGGUAUGAACCUUACAAGCCACGAGUUUGUUUAUUGUCAGGACGGAAAAUACGGUCCCAAGGCCCAUGGCCCUCUAAUUUUAAGUGAAUUCACUGGAUCCGCGUCCAUUUUUGACGACCAUGCUCUACUCGUCAAUCCAUGGGAUUACCGCCAGUGCGCAGAAGCCAUUCAUACCGCCCUUACCCUCAAUGAAUCCGAAAAGGAAGACAUGUGGCGGAAGCUGCACAGCGCAGUGCUUCAGAAUUCUACUCGCAAUUGGGUCAAGUCAUUCCGCGAAGCGCUGUCAAAGGUAUGGGACGAGCAUUCUUCACGAGAGACAAUGGCAGUACCCCGGCUGUCAGUCUCGCGUCUGGAAGAGGAAUACCGCAGAUCCAGUCGCCGACUUUUUCUUCUCGAUUACGAGGGCACGCUAGCGUCUUGGGGCUCACCAACCAGUAUUAUCUUGACGACACCGCAACGAGCCUUGGUUACUCUUACUGAUUUACUCGAGGAUCCUAGAAACAUCGUCUAUGUGAUGAGCGCCAGACGACCUGAAGAAAUGGAACGGUUGUUCCGACAGGUUUCGGGACUAGGAUUGAUCGCCGAAAAUGGAUGUUUCAUUCGUGAGCCGUCCAAGGAUAGCUGGAUCAAACUUAACGAAGAUCACCACACCAAGGAAUGGAAGGCCGGAACAAAGGGAAUUCUCAACUACUUCCGAGAACGGACGGAAAACAGCUGGAUAGAGGAGUUGCACUGCUCGCUCGUGUUCCAUUACGGCGAUGCAGAAGACAAGGUUGCUGCGGCUCGUCAAGCGUCCGAAUGUGCCGAUCAUAUCAACGAUGCAUGUGCCAGUCAGGGAGUACAUGUCACUCCGGUUGACGGUGCGUUGAUCAUCCAGUCUUCCAGAACAAACAAGGCGAGCGCAGCAGAGCUUGUAUGGCGGUAUAGUAUUGAGCGUGGCAAAGAAGGAGGCUACGCAGGCCAGCCUGAUUUCUUGUUCGUCGCUGGAGACAGUCGUGAGGAUGAAGUAGUGUUCCGCUGGGCGAACAAGCUGGCAGAAUCCAAGGCUGUUAAGAGCUGCAUGACGGUGACGUUGGGCUCGAGGAGUACAGAAGCCAAGGCCACUCUUACUCAGGGAGUAACAGGUGUCUUGUCCUGUCUCCAGCGUCUUGCCGCAUCCACUCAGUCCUAA